GCCGAAUCCCAGCGUUCAAACCCCCCUCGCGAGAGAUCAAACACGACCGUGAUUCUCGUCCGUCCGCUAUAUAUAUACCGAUCGCUGUCUCUGGAUUCAUUACUUGGCUCAGCGGGAGGGUCUGUUCGCUCUCCUUUCACGGCACGACAGGCCCUCUACGAGCCUAGACUGUGCGAGGGGACAUUCUGUUGUAUGUUCCCAACGGACGGGUCAAAGGAAAACUCCCUAUCGCUCUUUUGCGAGGGUUUGAAUCGCGUUACUUAGCGUCCUUCGGCGACAAUCUGGUCACUGCCGAUGAUCCCUCUGGUUUUUCUCCGUAGAGCCUGCAGUCCAACCUGCAGUAGCCUACAACCCGUCACGAGAAAUAGGCUCUUGGCCUCGUUCUCGACCAGCACGCCAUGGCCCCGAUCCUCUCCGACAUCAUCCUCAUCUCCUCCGCCCCGACGAUCCUUCCACUCCACGCAGUCGCUUGACUCCAAAUCCCCACGCAUCUCAUACCGCGUUGCCGCUUCAUCAUCCGGCAAAGGCCGUCGUUUCCAUCCCGCCAAGAACACGUCCGACUUUGAUCCCCACCGUCACCAUGCUAUAGGGGUGGCCACAGAUGUGAAGAGUCCGGCCAUCCGGCGUCAGCGGAGACCCGAUAGUGGAGAGGACGCAUUCUUCGUGAGCAGGGUCGGCGAACACGACAACGGCGCGGUCGCCUUUGCCGUCGCAGACGGGGUAGGAGGCUGGGCGGAGUCUCGAGUCGAUCCCGCGGACUUCUCACAUGCGCUGUGUGGGUAUAUGGCGCAAUCCGCCCUUGACUGGGAUGCUCCGGCGGAACAAUUGCGUGCAAAGGGCCUCCUUCAAGCCGGCUACGAUCAAGUUGUUGCUGAUGAAUCGAUUCGCGCCGGCGGCUGCACCGCCUCGGUGGGUGUCGGGUUGGCCGAUGGACGGGUUGAACUGGCAAAUCUAGGUGAUUCAGGCUCAGUCCUUCUCCGUCUUGCUGCCGUACAUCACUACUCGGUCCCGCAAACGCACGGCUUCAACACGCCCUACCAGCUGAGUAUUAUCCCUCCGCGGAUGCGCACGCAAGCGUCUAUCUUCGGUGGCGCGUUCCUCGAAGACUUCCCGCGCGACGCGGCCGUCACCAACCUCCACAUGCAGCAUGGCGACGUACUCCUCCUUGCAACAGACGGCGUCUUUGACAACCUCAAUAACCAGGACAUCCUCAAGCUCAUAACCAGCCGGAUGGUUCUGACAGGCGCCUGGACCGCCACACCCGACGUUGGAAUCAAACCCUCUGCUGAUCUCGACCAACUGACUGGUCCUGAGGGCCUUGCCUCCCUCAUCCCAUCAUCAUCCACCCAAACUUCCCAACACCACCGCUCUACAAACAAGAGCCACCUAUACAGCCUUCCAUCGCUCCUCGCCGCCACCAUUGCCGGUGAAGCCAAGUUGGCCAGCGUGGAUAUGCGCCGCGACGGACCCUUUGCCAAAGAAGCUCAACGAUAUUACCCCGGCGACUGGUACCGUGGCGGGAAGGUGGAUGAUAUUGCUGUCUUAGCUGUGGUGGCUGUGGAAGAGGGCUACGUUCCAUCACCGUGAAUUGUAGUUUCUAUUCAAUUUCAGUCAGAGACAAGCCGCCGUAUCGCGAGCGGACCAGGUCUUCCCCGAAGCAGUUACGCGCACCUUUGAUUUAGACAACGGCUGAUUGGAAUUCAAUCAAAUUGGCGUUUUCAUUAAGGAUGAUGACUUUGUACGGUUUUGUAUUUUUCGGUUUUGCCCUCGAGGGUGGGCACAUAUCCUCAUCUAUACAUAUUCAUGUAUACAUUUAUCUGUAUUUUUUUUUCCCACACGCAUUUGGGACUGGGACGGUCGGGAGUUUCAACUGGUAUAUUGACACUGAUAUAGAACAUUAGAGUCGCACAUCAGCGUACCAUUAAUAACUACUUAAAGAGAUA